CGGGGCCGACCCUGGGCCGAGUGGCUUCCCAUAAUGCCGCGUCCCGGAAAUUCCGGCUUUCUAAGGGGCACGGUGGAUUCGGCUCUGUUGCUCUCUAUUCGUCACCGGGAGGAAGACGGAGCCGGCCGCCUAGCCCAAAGGCCCAUUAGGGGAUGCAGUUAUGGGAGCUGUCACCGUGGUCCCAGGAGCUGGCCAAUGAAUUCUCGGUGUUGGCGUCCUUCUCGACCCCGGACCCCAAGAUUCCCGCAAUUAGGAUUCGCCUUUCAAGUGUUCCUUUGGAGUGUGAGCUACUGCAACCAGAUUUACUAGUGCUGUCUUCACUACUGCAGACUUCUGACUUCUUCGUUCUUCUUCCUUUUCUUUUUCACCAGAACUUGUUUGCUCCAUUCUUUUGUACCUACCUUUUGCACAUUGUAAUCAUCCUUUAUGCCUCAGAUUGUUAUUUUGUGUCAGUAAAUAAUCCGUAAAGUGCCAGCAUGGGAAAGAAACGGACAAAGGGAAAAACUGUUCCAACUGAUGAUUCCUCUGAAUCUUCAGAACCUAUAUGUAGACACAUUAGAAAAGGAUUGGAACAAGGUAAUUUGAAAAAGGCUUUAGUCAAUGUGGAAUGGAAUAUUUGUCAAGACUGUAAGACAGACAACAAAGUAAAAGAUAAAUCUGAAGAAGAAACAGAAGAAAAUCCGUCAGUUUGGCUAUGUCUUAAAUGUGGCCAUCAGGGCUGUGGCAGAAAUUCUCAGGAACAGCAUGCUUUGAAGCACUAUAUGAUACCAAGAUCAGAGCCACACUGUCUGGUUCUCAGUUUGGACAACUGGAGUGUGUGGUGUUACCUCUGUGAUAAUGAAGUCCAGUAUAGUAGUUCAAACCGAUUGGGCCAAGUGGUUGAUUAUGUUAGAAAACAAGCUGGUACUGUAACUCCCAAGCCAGACAGGGAUAAUGGAAACAUUGAACUUGAAAACAAAAAAUUAGAAAAAGAGAGUAAAAAUGAACAAGAAAGAGAAAAGAAGGAAAACAUGACUAAAGAAAAUCCACCCAUGAAUUCUUCCCAAAUAACCGUGAAAGGACUCAGUAAUUUGGGAAAUACAUGUUUCUUCAAUGCAGUUAUGCAGAAUUUGUCACAAACACCAGUGCUUAGAGAGUUACUGAAAGAAGUGAAAAUGUCUGGAACAAUUGUAAAAAUUGAACCACCUGAUUUAGCACUAACAGAACCCUUAGAAGUAAACCUUGAGCCUCCAGGUCCUCUAACUUUAGCCAUGAGCCAGUUUCUUAAUGAGAUGCAAGAGACCAAAAAGGGAAUUGUGACACCUAAAGAACUCUUUGCUCAGGUCUGUAAAAAAGCAGUGCGGUUUAAGGGCUACCAGCAGCAAGACAGCCAGGAGCUACUUCGCUAUUUACUGGAUGGGAUGCGAGCAGAAGAACACCAAAGAGUGAGUAAAGGAAUUCUUAAAGCAUUUGGUAAUUCUACUGAAAAAUUGGAUGAAGAACUAAAAAAUAAAGUUAAAGAUUAUGAAAAGAAAAAAUCAAUACCAAGUUUUGUGGACCGUAUCUUUGGUGGUGAACUGACUAGUACAAUCAUGUGUGAUGAGUGCAGCACUGUUUCUUUGGUUCAUGAAUCUUUCCUUGAUUUGUCUCUCCCAGUUUUAGAUGAUCAGAGUGGUAAGAAAAGUAUAAAUGAUAAAAAUCUGAAAAAGACAAUGGAGGAUGAAGAUAAAGACAGCGAGGAAGAAAAAGAUAAUGACAGUUACAUAAAAGAGAGGCAUGAUAUUCCUUCUGGAACAAGUAAGCACUUACAGAAAAAAGCAAAGAAGCAAGCCAAAAAGCAAGCCAAGAACCAACGAAGGCAACAAAAAAUUCAAGGAAAAGUUCUUCAUUUGAAUGAUAUCUGUACCAUUGACCAUCCUGAAGACAAUGAAUGUGAGGCUGAAAUGUCACUUCAGGAAGAAGUAGAAAUUAAAUCCAACCAUAUUUCACAAGAGGAAGUUACACAUAAAGAAUUUUGUGUUAAUCAGAAAGAUUUGAAUGGACAAGAAAAAAUGAUAGAAAAUAUAACUGACAAUCAAAAGUCCAUAGAGGAAAUAGAUAUUAAAAAUAUCGAUAUGGAUAAUGACCUGGAGGAAUUGGCAUCAUCUCCCUCUGAAUGUAUUAGGAAUUUAAAUGGUACCUUUCUGAAAGAAGGGAGUAAUGGAGAGGUGGACAUUUCCAGUGGUUUCAAAAACCUUAACUUAAAUGCUGUUCUUCAACCUGAUGAAAUAGAUAUAGAGAUUCUGAAUGACAGUCAUACUUCUGGGACAAAAGUAUAUGAGGUUGUAAAUGAAGAUCCAGAAACUGCUUUCUGUACUCUUGCAAAUAGAGACACUUUGAACACUGAUGAGUGUUCAGUUCAACAUUGUUUAUAUCAGUUCACCCGUAAUGAGAAACUUCGAGAUGCAAAUAAACUGCUUUGUGAAGUAUGCACACGGAGGCAAUAUAAUGGACCAAAGGCAAAUACAAAAGGUGAAAGAAAACAUGUUUAUACCAAUGCCAAAAAGCAGAUGCUAAUUUCUCUUGCUCCUCCUGUUCUCACUCUUCAUUUAAAGAGAUUUCAGCAGGCUGGUUUUAACCUACGCAAAGUUAACAAACACAUAAAGUUUCCGGAAAUCUUAGAUUUGGCUCCUUUUUGUACCCUUAAAUGUAAGAAUGUUGCAGAAGAAAACACAAGAGUACUAUAUUCAUUAUAUGGAGUUGUUGAACACAGUGGUACCAUGAGGUCGGGGCAUUACACUGCCUAUGCCAAGGCAAGAACUGCAAAUAGUCAUCUCUCUAAUCUCAUUCUUCAUGGAGAUAUUCCACAAGAUUUUGAAAUGGAAACAACCAAAGGGCAGUGGUUUCACAUCAGCGACACACAUGUGCAAGCUGUGCCUACAGCUAAAGUUCUAAACUCACAAGCAUACCUCUUAUUCUAUGAGAGAAUAUUGUAACAACAAAAAAGUGCUUUCUUUGGAAAUGCAUUUGUGGCUUUUUUUUAAUGGCUGUUAUUAGUAACGAUAAAAAAUUAAAGACUACAAAUCAUGUUCACUUAAUACUAAAUACCUGACAGAAGAAAUCAUGUUUAUUUAAGUAUCAAAGGGAAAGCACUUAAAAAUUCAGUGAAUUUUUUUUUUUUGUAUUGUCAUAGUGGUUUUUUUUUGCUUCAUUUCUGAAAAGUAAAUUUGAAUUAUUUAAUUCCUCUGUGCUUAAUGUUUGGGUGGUGGAUCAUGACCCAUUAAUAAACUGACUUCCUCCAAAACUUGUUUUAUUACUUAGAUUUUUAAGUUACAUUGACUGCACUAGAUAACAUUAAAUAUUUGCUGUUAUCAAAGUAUAACAUAGGACAAACUUAGACUGUAGUUUGGUACCAAAUCCUCUUUUAUGCCAGCAUGUCAGAGAAAGUCUACAAAUUGUCCUUCUAAAAAAUUCCUUUUUUGAUCCUUCGGUUCAUAAGCGUGAUGAUUGGGUAUUCACGCUCUUGUGUGAGAUGUGCCUCCCUCUAAACCUUGUUACGACAUUGGCACAUUACCCGUCUGACGUGAAAAAAAAAAAAAAUUCCUUUUUUACCCAAGUUAGCCAAUACCAGGUUAGUUACAACCAGGUUUAGAACAUCAAGCCUGCCAGAACUUCUUGUAUAGUUCAACAUUUUAGAAUUUUAUGAAUAAGAAAACUUUGCAUCAUUCCUAACUCUGAUGAGUUUAUGUAAAAACCAGUCAACCAAACUGUUUUCUAAAAUAAAUACCUUUGAGCUGGGUGCAGUGGCUUAGGUCUGUAAUUCCAGUAACUCGAAGCUGAGGCAGGAGGACCACAAAUUCAAGGCUAGCCUCAGCAACUUAGGGAGACCCUGUCUCAAAAUAUAAAAAGGGCUGGGGACGAGGCUAAGUGGUAAAGCACCACUGGGUUCAAUUCCCAGUACCAAAAAAAGCAAAAAUCCUUUGAAAUACCAAAAACAAUAUAAUUCUGAACUAUUAAUCAAGGGCUGAUGUCACCAAUACAUGUAAUAGCACAUAUCCUAUAAAAAUAAAUGAAAUCUUUUUGUA